CAAAGUUCUAUUUUCAUUUCAGGAUUUUGUCAACAAGAACCUAACCUAGAAAAUGGUUGUUUGAUCUAUGAAUUUGUAUCAGUAGCAAAAUGUUACGGAGUUUCCUGCGUACCAGUCGCUGGCUGACACGUAAAAGAAUCAAUAUCAUUCCUUGUACAGUGGUUCGAUCCCAAACGUUAUCUAAACAAAAUGAACUUGUUUCUCCCGUUUUCCGAAAUUUCUCAAGUUCUAGUGAUAAAGUUGAGCGCUCAGAAGUAUUGGAUCAAGCAGUAUUUGAAGAAAUUUGCAACGAAACAUUAGAAUCUCUUUGUGAUUAUUUUGAGGAGCUGAUAGAACAAGCACCUAAUUUAAAAGGAGCCGAUGUAACUUUUAGUGAUGGUGUGUUGACAGUUGCACUAGGAAGUUCUUACGGUACAUACGUGAUCAACAGACAAACUCCCAAUAAGCAAAUUUGGCUUAGUUCACCAGUGUCGGGGCCAAAACGUUACGACUUAGUUUUAAAGAACGGAGGCUACUGGAUUUAUAAACACGAUGGUGUAUCCUUGCACAAAUUACUUCAAGACGAAAUAUCCAAAAUAGUGCAGAACGAAGUGGAUUUCAAAUCUUGUACACAUAGUGUAGUUUAAGAAUUAUUAUUAAUUUUAUUGAGUAAAUAGAUUUGUUGAAUUUUUA